AUGUCUGUGGUCCAGAUCAUCUCCUUCAUCAUUAUCAGCUCUGUGUUUCUACACACUCACUCAGCUGAUAAUAUCUACUCUGCAGUGGUGCCUCAGACAGUAACAGCUCUGACAGGCUCUUGUUUGCAGAUUCCUUACACAUUCAACAUCUCCAAUUUUGAAGACAAACGUAAGAGGGCAACAUCUAUUUAUGGGAUCUGGCUGAAAAACAAAUCACAGUUUGCAAACAAAGACCGUUUUAUAGUUUUUAAUAGCAGUGAAAACAUCAUUAGAGGAUUCAGUGACAUAAAGAUGACUGGAGAUCUCAAUGAGAGGAACUGCACCACUGUCUUCUAUAACAUCAUGAUGAAUCAUUCAGACCGCUAUUACUUCAGACUGGAAAUGGAGCCAAAUGUGCUCAGAGCAACAUUUAACCCUAGUCCAGCUGAUUCACCUGAUUUAAGCAAGACUGUGAGGAUCACUGUCAGAGAUUCACUACAACCUCCUGAACUUAAACCCAAUGAUCUGACAGUGAUGGAGGAAAUUACAGUCAAUCUGAGCUGCUCUGCUGAAGCCCCCUGCCCCAAACAUCCUCCUACAAUAUCCUGGUCUAACAUCCCUAAAUCUGCCCGCAUUACAACACAGUUACAGGAGAAACCUGAUAAAACCCAGUCAGUGUUUUCAUACAUGACCUUCAAAGCUUCAUACAAAGAUCACAGGAAGAACAUUUCCCGCACUGCUACAUAUCCAAGAAAUACAUCUGAUGACUCUUCUGCUGAGACCACCGUGAUGCUACGAUUCCUGUUGCUUCCAACAGAAACUCACAUCACCAUCAAUCCAUCUACUUCAGUCUCUAUUGGCACUAAUGUGACUUUGACAGCACUGGAUAAAUAUGGCAGUCAGUCAACAGCAGAGAUCCAGCUCACAGCUGAAGGACAAGAUGGACCAUCUAUGGCCAUGAUUGCUGGUUGUGUGGGAGGAAUUGUGGCAGUGCUCAUGCUCUCUGCUAUUGGAUUUUGUACAAGGACGAGGACAAAGACACACAGGGCAGACAAUUUUGGAGAAAAAGAUUCCCUAAAUCAGGCACAGGAUGGAACUAUUGACAGGAAUUCCACUUAUGCUAAUGUUCUCACUGUGACCAACCAGGACAACAAGAUCUCUGAUGAUCAAAGUGUGCGUGACUGUAAUACUGAAUUCAGUACUCAGAUUGACCACAUUACAGAGAAAGAUCCAAUAGAAGAAGACAACAAUGAAAAAGGUUCAGAUGUAGUAUAUGCACAGGUCCACGUGUUACACAAAAAAACAAAAGCCAUCAGUAUUCUGCCUGAGAACAUGUAUGCUCAGGUGAACAAAUAA